AUGGCUCUAGUGGAUUAUACCUCGUCUGAUGAAGAUGAUGUAGACGACGACUUUGAUCAGAAACACCAACACAAUGAAGAGGAUGAAAAGAAUAUCACCACCAAAACUUCAAAUUCGAAUAAUUUGAAGCGAAAAAGAAGCAUUUCUUGUUCAUCAGAAUUACCUCCACUACCCUCCAAAUUUCAUGAUCUUUAUGCGUCAACAGUAAGAAAUAGUACAAGCGAUGAUCCAAGUUUACAUGGAGGGAGAAAAAGAGUCAUUCCCCAUAUUGAGGGAAAUUGGCCAACACAUAUUUAUAUUGAGUGGUAUCCUUCGACGAUAGAAUUCCGUUUAUUAUCAUCCUUGAUCUCAAAAGUUGUUUCGCUCAAAAGAUUCGAGAUUCAGACAUUUUUAACAAGUGAUCUUGGAGUCCCUCUUCCCUUACAUGUUAGUCUUUCACGAGCAAUUGGAUUCUCUAAAGAUGUCAAAGAUAGCUUCUUGAAUUCAUUCGAGCAAGCUAUAAAAUCUUCCGGGAUUCGUCCAUUUGAGAUCGGCUUCUCCGGCUUAGCUUGGGUUCCGAAUUAUGAAAAGACUCGAUGGUUCCUAGUCCUCCGUCUCAACAUACCCAAAAGCAAUGCCUUGAACAAAUUACUCCAUGUGAGCAAUAAAGUCGUAGAAGAAUUUGGACAGCCGCCAUUAUACGCAGAUUCUAGAGCCAGUGAAUAUGGCACCAAAAUUGCUCAUCCCUCCAGAGAUGUCAAAAAUUUCAAGGCAAAGACACAGCAAAAGGAGAAUUUUGUUGAUAUGGUUGAUUUGUCAAAGGCAUUUCACAUUAGUAUUGCUUGGACGUUGUUGCCACCGGGCCAAGAGCUUAUUGAGGCUACCGAGCGAUUAACCGCCAACGAAUUGAUCAGGGUGCAGGAGAUUCAAAUACAGACCAAGGAGAUCAAAGCCAAAAUUGGUAAUGUGACCUAUGCUAUGUCACUUGCAUUUGCGACUACUAGGCGAAGCUCAAAAGCGUCUGAAGAUGAGCCUACUGUAUGCGUCAGCACAACCCUUAAAAUUUCAUCGCCUAGAGCAGAGAGGGUACUCCCAGCUGAAAAACCGCACGGCUUUUCCACUGGACCUACCAUUGGAUGA